AUGUUACUGUCAUUAAUAUUUGCAGCUUUUGUUGCAGUAGCUGUUGCUGGACCUAGAUCAUCGAAUAUAGGAGGUGAAGAUGUAGAUAUUUCAACUUGUGGAUGGCAAGUUUCGUUUCACAAUAGGAAAGGACAUUUUUGUGGAGGGUCCAUCAUUGGCAAAGAAUGGAUUCUAACUGCUGCGCAUUGUGUAACCAAAUAUGAAAACGAUAUCGAAGGUUUAAAAGUUAGGGUUGGAAGCAAUGAGCAUAACAAAGGUGGGCGUUUAUACGACAUUAAAGAAAUUAAAAAACAUCCAAGAUAUAACGAUCGAACCAGAUACGAUUUUGAUGUCGCUUUAUUACGCAUUGCAAAGCCAAUUGCAUACACUGCUUGCACUGUUGUUCCUGUAGCAUUGGCAGAAACUGGAAAAGAAGUUCCAGAAGGCGCACUCGUUAGUGUCACAGGAUGGGGGGCUACUAUGGUAAUUUGAUUAAUUAUUAAGAAU